CAGACGUCUAGUGCUGCACUUGACGACGUCUUUACCAGACAUUGUCGAGUAACGGAGCGAUGGGACAUAGAAGCUUUCGUUUUGUAUAAGCAGCUGACUGUAGUAGAACUUGUUCUACGAUAGCAUUGCAGUUUACCACAGAAUGAAACUACAUCCUUCUCAACUUAUCAUGUGUCUUCGCGGGAUCUUGGCCAAUCGUGUUCAAAACUCAAUAAUAAUAACAAUAAGACAUGACGACUUCAGAUGCUCAUACUGGCUCUUUUAUUGUCCGGCCGCCUAGGCCUUGGUCCGGCCCUUAAUCCUAGGCUCACAGCAGUCGAGACUUUAUAACCCAAACACCACCGCAACAGACUUUCAAGCACCCUACAUAUACUCUUCCAAGGCUUCAGUGAGCUCAAAGUCAGUUUGAUUGCCAAAUGAAUCGGGUUGGCCCUUCAGUUUGGCGGCGCUUCUCUUCUACAUCCUCGUCUCCAACUUUCGUAGCCAAACCUGCACCUUCCAAAGCACGUCAUCAUGUCCAAAUUCCAGAUACUUCCUUUCCACUUGGCUAUAGCCUGACUGGUGUACAUUGCGGCGUGAAAAAGAAUCCAUCUGUCCUUGAUCUAACAGUUAUACUUUCGACCUCUUCAAAACCUACUUCCGCAGCGGCAUGCUUCACUCGUAACGCAUUCCUUGCUGCCCCGGUGCUUGUCAGCCAGGAUGUACUUGAAAAAAGUGCUGGCCAUGUCCGUGCAAUCGUGACUAACAGUGGAUGUGCCAACGCAGUGACUGGCAAGCAGGGUUUGGAAGAUGCUUGGGCCAUGGUCAAGGCCACCGAUGCCCUUCUCCCCAAACGAACCAAGUCAGAGUCUAACGAAGAUAUCCACGAAACAGUCGUAAUGUCGACAGGUGUGAUCGGCCAAAAUCUUCCCAUUUCCAAGAUUCUCUCCGGAAUUUCGUCUCUUGUACCCUCGAGUCUUGGCUCAGAUUUCGCAGCCUGGGAGCGUGCGGCAAAAGCCUUCAUGACCACUGAUACAUUCCCCAAACUCCGUGCUCGGACUUUCAGCCUGGGCGGACAGACGUUCCGUAUGGCUGGGAUGGACAAAGGCGCUGGCAUGAUACAUCCUAACAUGGGUCCCCCCACUAACCCCGGCCAACUUCAUGCUACGUUACUGGGUUGUAUCUUGACGGAUGCUGCAGUUUCUCCGCAAGCCCUACAGUCUGCACUCACGUAUGCAGUCGAGCGUUCCUUCAACUCUAUCAGUGUGGAUGGAGAAAUGUCCACGAAUGAUACGAUCGUCGUUCUCGCCAACGGAGCUGCUGCUGGAGAGACCAAGGAGAUUGAGGAGCACGAUCCUCUGUUCCCGGCCUUCCGUAAGGAACUUACGUCCUUCGCCGCUGAGCUGGCUCAGCUUGUGGUUCGUGAUGGUGAAGGCGCAACUAAAUUCGUUACUGUGUCCGUAGAGGGAGCACCGACAUUUACCGAUGCGCAUCGUGUCGCAUCGAAGAUAAGCACAUCAGCACUGGUGAAGACCGCAUUGUAUGGUGAGGAUGCAAAUUGGGGCCGUAUCCUUGCAGCAACUGGCUCUGUUCCUUUGUCCACACCCAUCGACCCCUACCGCGUGAACGUCACCUUUGUUCCGGCAGACGGUACCACUCCACUUCCAGUUUUAGUGCGCGGCGAGCCCGAGCUAGUGGAUGAGGCGCGCGCGAAGGAGAUCUUGAGCCAAGAAGAUUUUGAAAUCAAGGUGGAUCUCGGCCUGGGCAGUGAGAGCGCCCAAUAUUGGACGUGUGACUUCAGCUAUGAGUAUGUACGGAUCAAUGGUGAUUACAGAAGUUGAAGGAGUCUGCUGUGUUUGCUCUGUUCGAUAUGUAUGAUAUCAAUGUUUUCUCGUGGCUGUUGGGGUGUGGGAUCUGCAAGCCGUCGAUUUGAUUUCGGAUAUACUGUCGACACUACUGUGGCCGUGCAUUUGAUUGUCGCUGCGCAAUGAGAACAAGAACAUCUCAGGCA